CAAAGCCCAGCAUGCCUCGCCCCUCCCUGAUCAAUGAGGGCUUAUUUAAAUGAUCUCUGAGGUCUUGGACCCAGGCCAAUCAGCUGUCAGGGCUCAUGAUAAAUCGCAAUGCAUUAUUGAUAAUAAUAAUUACUGGGACAUGCGCGUUCCGGCCGAAGGGGGGUAAAUUUCCCAACUCCAGGAAUUUGCGGUGGAGUGGGCGAAUCACCGCGGCUAAUCCGGCGCCCCGAUGCUCGCACCAUGUCGAGGCGCAAGCAGGCGAAACCCCAACACAUCAACUCCGAGGAGGACCAGGGCGCGCAGCAGCCGCUGCAGCCGGGCCCGGCGGCGCCCGCGGCGGGGGAGCCGGGUCCUCCCCUGAGCCGCCCCGGACACGGCGAUGAUGUGACGAACGGGGACAGGGCGGUGGCGAAGCGGCCUCGCCGGGAGGAGACGCACAUCUGUGACCGAUGCUGCGCGGAGCUCUUCAGCUUCUCCGAGUUCUUGGAACACAAGAAAAGUUGCACUAAAAAUCCGCCCGUCCUCAUCAUGAGCGACGGCGAGGGGCCGGUGCCUGGCGAGGACUUCCCCAGCGCCGGGCUGGGCCCGCAGGCCCAAGGCAGGGAGGAGGGCGGCGGCCCCAGCGACCCGAAGGAGAAGCCGGGCGCGGAAUCGGUCGUGUACUUGAAGACGGAGACCGCCCUGCCGCCCGCGCCCCAGGACAUGAGCUAUUUACCCAAAGGCAAAGUGGCCAACACGAACGUCACCCUCCAGGCGCUGCGGGGCACCAAGGUGGCCGUCAAUCAGCGGAGUGCGGACGCGCUGCCUGCCCCCUUGCCGGGCGCCGGCAGCAUCCCCUGGGUCCUGGAGCAGAUCCUGUGCCUCCAGCAGCAGCAGCUGCAGCAGAUCCAGCUCACCGAGCAGAUCCGCAUCCAGGUGAACAUGUGGGCCUCGCACGCCCUCCACGCCGGCGUGGCGGGCGCCGACGCCCUGAAGACCCUGGGGGGGCACGUGUCCCAGCAGGUGUCCGCCGCCGUGGCCUUGCUCAGCCAGAAACCCGGAGGCCCGGGCCUGCCCCUGGAUGCCUUGAAACCAGCCAGGCUACCUCACGCCAACCUCCCCUCCGCCAGCAGCUCUGUGUCCCCGGGGCUGACCCCCUUCGCCCUGAAACCGGAUGGGACCCGGGUGCUCCCCGGCGUCAUGUCCCGCCUCCCGGGCGCUUUGCUACCUCAGGCCCCAGGCUCGGUGCUCUUCCAGGGCCCGUUCUCCACGGUGGCGUUAGACCCGUCCAAGAAAGGGAAGGGGAAGCCACCGAACAUCUCCCUGGUGGAAGUCAAAAGCAAAGACGAGGUCACCCUCUGCAAGCACAAGUGUAAGUACUGUAGCAAGGUGUUUGGGACUGAUAGCUCCUUGCAGAUCCACCUCCGCUCCCAUACCGGAGAGAGACCUUUCGUGUGCUCUGUCUGUGGCCACCGUUUCACCACCAAGGGCAACCUCAAGGUGCACUUUCAUCGACACCCCCAGGUGAAGGCAAACCCCCAGCUGUUUGCCGAGUUCCACGACAAAACCGCAGCAGGCAGCGGCAUGUCGCCUGCCCGCGCCUUCCCUGUCCCCGUAGAUGAGUCAAGUCUCUCUUUAGACAGCAAACCUGUCCUUGUAACAGGAACCCCCAAUGUAGGGCUACCUCAGAAUCUCUCUUCGGGGACGAACCCCAAGGACCUCACAGGCGGCCCGCUGCCUGGUGACUUGCAGCUGGGGCCUCCCCCAGAAAGCGAGGGUGCAACCCUCCUCCCUGGGGCAGGGCCAAACAAUAGCUCCCCGAGGGCUUGUGGCUUCCCAGGGAGCGGGACCCCCGAGCCAGGGUCGGAGACCCUGAAACUGCAGCAGCUGGUGGAGAACAUCGACAAGGCCACCACCGACCCCAACGAAUGUCUCAUUUGCCACCGUGUCUUAAGCUGCCAAAGCUCCCUCAAAAUGCAUUACCGAACCCACACCGGGGAGAGACCGUUCCAGUGCAAGAUCUGCGGCCGGGCCUUCUCCACCAAGGGCAACCUGAAAACGCAUCUCGGGGUUCACCGAACCAACACAUCCAUAAAGACGCAGCACUCGUGUCCCAUCUGCCAGAAGAAGUUCACCAACGCCGUCAUGCUGCAGCAGCAUAUCCGGAUGCACAUGGGCGGCCAGAUCCCCAACACGCCCCUGCCGGAGAACCCCUGCGACUUUCUGGGUCCCGAGCCCAUGAUGCUCAGCGAGAAUGGCAGCACGGGGCCUCUCUGUCGCGAUGAUGUCAUCGAAAGCAUCGACAUUGAUGAAGUCAGCCCCCAGGAGCCCCCCGGGAGCUCCUCCAAGGCCCCCACGCCCCUGGCCCGCGUCCACUCGGCAUCGCCCACCCUGGGCUUCUCCAUGAUGGCUUCCCUGGAGGCCCCCGGGAAAGUGGGUCCUGCUCCUCUUACCCUGCAGCGGCAGAGCAGCCGAGAGAACGGUUCGGCGGAGAGCGAUGGCCUGACCAACGACUCGUCGUCCUCCUUGAUGGGGGACCAGGAGUAUCAGAGCCGAAGCCCAGACGCCCUGGAGACCACGUCCUUCCAGGCGCUCUCCCCGGCCAAUAGCCAGGCUGAGAGUCUCAAGUCCAAGUCUCCUGACGCUGGCGGCAAAGCGGAGGGCUCCGAGAGCAGCCGCCCUGACUUGGAAGGUCGGACCAGUCUCCCAUCAACCUUUAUCCGAGCCCAGCCGACCUAUGUCAAAGUGGAAGUCCCUGGGGCGUUCGUGGGACCCGCCAGCAUGUCCCCAGGCUUGACGCCUUUGCUGACCACCCAGCCCCGCCGCCAGGCCAAGCAGCACGGCUGCCUGCGCUGCGGCAAGAACUUCUCAUCCGCCAGUGCACUCCAGAUUCACGAGCGCACGCACACGGGGGAGAAGCCCUUCGUCUGCAGCAUAUGUGGGCGAGCUUUUACCACCAAAGGCAACUUGAAGGUCCACUACAUGACCCACGGGGCCAGCAACAGCUCCGCGCGCCGGGGGAGGAAACUGGCCAUCGAGAACACCAUGGCGCUGUUAGGAACGGAUGGCAAGAGGGUUCCCGAGAUGUUUCCCAAGGAAGUGCUGACCCCCUCGGUGAACGUGGACCCCGUGGUGUGGAACCAGUACACGACCAUGCUCCACGGCGGCCUGGCCAUGAAGACCAACGAGAUCUCCGUGAUCCAGAGUGGCGGCAUCCCCACACUGCCCGUGUCGCUGGGCGCCAGCUCCGUGGUGAACAACACCACCCUCUCCAAGAUGGAUGGCUCCCAGUCGGCUCUGGGCGCCGACGUGGAGAAGCCAGGCGCGGCUGACGGCGUCCCCAAGCACCAGUUCCCCCACUUCCUGGAGGAAAAGAAAAUCGCGGUCAGCUGAGCCCCGGGACAGGCGGGGGGCGGGGGGCGGGGGUGCAGGCCGAGUGAGCUCCAGCUCUUGUCCGGCUUUCGAAAGCCCACCUCCUCCCGCCGGCUUCCUGGAUGUGCAGGUGAUGUUUACAGCCGGGACCACACCUCAGGCAAGUCCCACAAUCACAAUGUUGCUGUGCUGCUUUGCCAAAAAAAAAAAAAAAAAAUGGAAAAAGGGACAAAUCCAGACUAACAUACAGUCGAGUUUUUUUGUUUUUUUUUUUUUUAAUUGUGGAAGGAAGCGGGUCUUGCAAAGUCGCUUUGUUGUUUGUGACAGACUCUACAAAAAAGCUUUGUACAACCUCGGGUAACACUUUCCAAAGACCGUCCUGUAUAUCAAGUUGGACCUGACUGAACCACAGCGGAAGGGACAACUGCUUAGCCUGGCGGGGCAGGGGGCUGGAUGCGGGUCAGUGGACAAGGUCUGCCGGCUUGCAGAGGUCUGUUCUGUAUGCGCCCCAAUCCUGCAUCCGUCUUUGUUGUUUGUUAUUUUUUUUUCUUUUUUCUUUUUUUGAAUGUACCCUUUUUUAAACCAAGGUUGUAGAAUUCCAGAAUUCCUUCAACCUUGGAACCUUACGUAGGAUGCUCUCCGAUGGGCUGAUUUUAGGCCUUCGGGGGUCGAUGUGUAUGUUGCUGCUUAUUUAAGUACAGUUGAGUUGAGAGUGCCAGUUCUUGGCACUGCCCUCCCCCCAGACACCCGGAGCCCCAGGGGAGGUGGUACCAAGCAGGGGAUCUCCGGGCGACUUCACCGGGUUUGCCAGUGCCUACUCGAUUGAAGAGCUGGGUUUUCAUUCUUAAGGAAACUCGCAGAAGGGUGUGUUUCUUAUAGAUUCACGUAAUAAUUCACAUCGUAAUUUUUUUAAAGGUCCUUGGUAUGACUUAAUGCCAAGUCUUGAUGAAAAUUUCUUUUUCCCUGAGUAUUACAUGAAGGCUGCGAACUUGGAACAGGCAAGCCCUGAGUGUGAAAGCUUUAAUUUAUCUACCUCAUUUAUUAUUUUUGUAGCCAUAGUCUCUAUUUUCCUAUUUUAUGACCGCUGAAGUGUUCCUAGCCCCUGUCUUAAACCUAAGAGUUGAUGUAUUGGUGGGAGCAGCUGGACGUUCAAGUUUUUUUGUGAUUCCUUUGGUUUUUUUUAAACUCCUUUUUGUAUAUGUAAUAUUAAGCAAAUGUUGCUCUGAUGGCUUAAUGAGGAGGGAGAAAGACCUUGGCUUCUGGGUGGAGAAGUCCUUUCUCCCUUCUGUGUGGGAAAGUGGAUCAAAGACUGUUGGUCUCGGUUAUUGCUCCUGACCUGAGGAUCCAAACAAGUUUUUUGUUUUGCCAAGUUGUGCCUUUCCUUCUGGAAUUGUAAGUGAACACAAUACUAGUACCUGUUUACACUGUGAAGUGGAUAUUGUUACAGAGAAUACACCAGAGGCUUCCUCACUGUUAAGCUAAUAAUGCCUUGUGAAUGUAUGACCUACGGAGAAACCCCUGUAGUUUUUACCUGCUGAUGCUGUCUGUCUGUUGGAGAAUAAAUUUCGGAUGUUUUUUUUUUCCCCUCCCACCAGGUGUGUGUAUGUAAGUUUUCCUGCUCCAAAACUGAGCUUCCUUCGGGUAAUCUUGAACGCUGGCUGGAGUUCGUGUGUGAACGUGUAAGGCUCAUCGUGCCAUAGAUACUCUAUCUCAGCUAACUCAACUGGUCUCGUCCUAACUUCUGCUCAUUCACUGAGCAGAGAGACAAUACUUUAUACCGUCACACACUUAGGGGCUGCUUGGAUUGGAAUGGGCUGAGAGCCACAUAGGAGUUGGUCUUUAAUUCCAAGGGAAGACCCUUAGGGUAGUGAUAGGGCCUCACCAGGGUAGAUCCGGUUACUGUCCUGCUGGUUAAGUACCCUCCUGCCUGCCUGCCUUUGCCCGGUUGGUCUUUGCGAACCCAGUGGCAAGACCAGCAUUAGAUCCUAGGAGAAUCUUCACGACU